AUGAGGCUGGUACUGUUCAACGACUUCACUCCGGGCGUUCUGAGGGGCGACAACGUGGUGGACGUGUCGGGCGUGAUUGAGGAUAUACCGCAUAUCGACGCCCAGACGUGGAUGCGUGGGCUGAUCGACUGCUUUGACGACUACAGGGGCAAGCUCGAAGACGCGGCGGCCAAUUCGGAAGGCGUUCCGAUCUCGGACGUCCGUCUGCGCGCGCCCCUGCCGGAGCCGACGCGCAUCGCCUGCAUGGCGGGCAACUAUCUCGAGAACGGCAAGCUGCCGUUCCCGACGACCGGGAGGCGUUCCUGA